AUGGCAAAUGCAUCAUCUGAGGCCCUUGAGGCUUUGAAGCGCCUGGAACAGGACCACGGUGAUCUCAAGACGCAUCUUGCAAUCGUUCGCAUCAGCGAGCCCAUUUCUUCCGAAGCUGGAGAUGUGAACGCGUCUCCUUUGAAGCGCAGCUCAGAUGUUUCAGUAUCCAAAUUGGAUAAUCCCACGCCUGGUUCACUGGAGGCAGAUCUGUCACAUUACAAGGAACUCUUCUCCAAACUACGGUUUUCCUAUCUCGAGCAGGUAACCAAAGAAAAGUUCCUGCGCGCGAUUGUCGACGACCCGCCACUUGUGGUCGGACACAAUGAGAAUGUGGAGUUGGAGACGCAGCUGGCCGAGGUGAAGGCAGAGCUCAAGGCGCGCAAAGAAGAGGCCCGAGUCAUGAUCGAGGAGAUGGAACAAAUGGGCCGUGACUUGGCAAAGCGCUACACGAAUGUCGAGCUCCAAUUGACCCAGCUUUCGACUCUGCCCGACUCCAUAGAGAAUCUGGAAUCCACCGUCGCCGGCCUCCGCGCCAAACAGGUCGCGAACAUGGACCCCUCUGACCCCAGCAAUACUUCGUCCUCUCAGAAUCUUCCCUUGCCUGCAACCAUGAACCUGCUCUCGGAGCGCGAAGCAGAAUUGGCUGCACUAAACCGCCAGCUCGCUGCAGUGCAGAAUACUCUGCCUCGAAAGACCCGUGAAGCUGAGGCGAUCGAGAGAGAGUGCAGCGUGCUUGAGCGACGCAAGGCUGAGGCGAUCACGCAGGCUCGAGAAGCCCGACGGAAGAAGCAGCAAGGCGAAAGUGAUGGACUCGAAGAAAUGGGCCGGUGGUAUAGAGGAGCCGAAGAGACCCUGAAGGAAAUGAUCGGUGUGGGGGGUUAA